AUGUCGGGAGUACUCAAAGAGGACGGAUUGGAGAUAGCGCACGUGGAAGACGACCGGGGCGUUCAGGGAGAAGCAGCGAUCAUCGACGUCGACGACCGCGAGGAGUACUUUGUCAAACCGCUCUACACGUACUACUGCACCUGUGGAGAGGUUCGAAUUUUGACCUUCCCUUCUUAAAACUUGAAAAUGUCUUCCAGAUGGCGAUGAUCAGUGACACUCUAAUCAAUCGGAUGCCGAAAAGAGCGAGAGACGGCGCGAGAGUGAUUGCUCCGGAGAGAACGACGGCGAAGACGUUCGCAAAGCAGGGCGACACCGUGUACAUCAAAAGAACUAUUGGACUGGAGCAGCAGUACCGGAAAGUGUGCAAGAAGUGCGCCGUUCCGCUGUUUUAUCAGCAUCCGUCCGCCCUUUCUCGCAUUUUCAUCUUCGCCGACGCGUUGCUCUCCGCCAAAGAAGUCGGUGGAUUCAGUGGAAAUAACGAGGAGCAGAGAGCCAAAAAAGUGAUUAUGAAGAGAAAUGUGAAGAAUCAAGGAAAGAUCGGAAGUGUGACGGUGUCGACGAUGGAAGGAGAAGAAGAGGAGGAGAUGGAAGCGGUAAGUGUUCUCCGGUAUUUUAGAGGGGAAAGUGAGUCAUUUUCAGAGAGAAACCGCCGAAUCGUACACAAUGAACGCGAGAAUCGUGCACGACGCCCUGAAGCGCAAAGGAAUGGCGGGCAAAUUCGCAGUCCCCGAGCCGCCUUCCUCUGUCAUCCCGGCCACCCCGGACACGAAACGAAAGAGAGGAACUCUUUUUUAA